CGAGGCACCUGGGCGCGAGCCGGCCGGUUAGCGAGCUUCCUUACUGGCCCCUGGGAGGGGCUCUGGGGUCACCCCGGGUCUAACCCCCUCGUCCUUCUGUUGGGAAAACUGAGGCACCGGGAGGGUCACAGUUGAUGGCAGCGUCUGUCGUCUCCACUCUUCCCCGUUAACGCGUCUGUCUUAUCAGACACAUGCUCCCACCUCCUCGGAGAAGCCUCCCUUGACCCUUCUUGCAGACAGGCGUCGGUCCCCUACGGUCUCCCGCGCUAAUCUUCGUUGCACUUUCCUCUGAAACCGGUCUGUUGCUUUGUUUCUGCCCUCCUCGGCCAAGUACUGGCUGUAAACACAGAGACCCGCGGCCCCCGUCAGGGGUCUUGUUAAAUACCAGCCGCCUUGGCCCAGGCGCCCUGCCGAGGGCGGGGCGUAUCUUAGAAAGGAGUCCAGACCGCCCUCUGUUCCUGGAGCUGACAUUUUCCCGGGGAAGAGGUUGAUUGCACACAAUUCCAGGUCGUGACCGGUGCUACGAAGAAAACAGGGUAGUGGUAUCGCAGGGGCCAAAAUGAGUCUAUUUGGGACAACCUCGGGUUUUGGAACUAGUGGGACCAGCAUGUUUGGCAGCACAAGCACGGAUAACCACAACCCUAUGAAGGAUAUUGAAGUAACAUCCUCUCCUGAUGACAGCAUUGGUUGUCUGUCUUUUAGCCCACCAACCUUACCUGGGAACUUCCUUAUCGCAGGAUCAUGGGCUAACGAUGUUCGCUGCUGGGAAGUUCAAGAUAGUGGACAGACUAUUCCAAAAGCCCAGCAGAUGCACACAGGGCCUGUCUUAGAUGUCUGCUGGAGUGAUGAUGGGAGCAAAGUAUUUACAGCAUCAUGUGAUAAAACUGCCAAAAUGUGGGACCUCAACAGCAAUCAAGCAAUACAGAUUGCACAGCACGAUGCCCCUGUGAAGACCGUACACUGGAUCAAAGCGCCCAACUACAGCUGCGUGAUGACCGGCAGUUGGGAUAAGACUCUGAAGUUUUGGGAUACACGAUCAUCAAAUCCUAUGAUGGUUUUGCAGCUCCCUGAAAGAUGUUACUGUGCCGAUGUGAUCUACCCUAUGGCUGUGGUGGCCACUGCAGAGAGAGGACUGAUUGUCUACCAGUUAGAGAACCAACCGUCCGAGUUCAGGAGGAUAGAGUCUCCACUGAAGCAUCAGCAUCGAUGUGUGGCUAUUUUUAAAGACAAACAGAACAAGCCGACUGGUUUCGCCCUGGGAAGCAUCGAGGGGAGGGUUGCUAUUCACUACAUCAACCCCCCAAAUCCCGCCAAAGAUAACUUUACCUUCAAAUGUCACCGCUCGAACGGAACCAAUACCUCAGCUCCUCAGGACAUCUAUGCGGUAAAUGGGAUCGCGUUCCAUCCUGUCCACGGCACGCUUGCCACGGUGGGGUCGGAUGGCAGAUUCAGCUUUUGGGACAAAGAUGCCAGAACGAAACUAAAAACUUCCGAACAGCUCGACCAGCCGAUAGCGGCUUGCUGCUUCAAUCACAACGGGAACAUAUUCGCCUACGCCUCCAGCUACGACUGGUCAAAGGGACACGAAUUUUAUAAUCCCCAAAAGAAAAAUUACAUUUUCCUGCGUAAUGCAGCCGAAGAGCUAAAACCCAGGAAUAAGAAGUAGCGGCCCGAGACUUCUGGGUUGUCCAGAGUUGUUUCCUCUCUACUCUGCCUCGUCUUUGUACGGAUUCGGGUCCCGGUGUUUGGUCGGUUGUCAGCCCUGGAUGUGGACUCACGCCCUGGAGAAAAUGUCCUCGAUCGCAGUCAGGAGCCCCGCCGGCCACGAUGACUGUCCAUUCCACUGCCUGUUACAGAGUUCUUCUGUGACUCCACGGGGACUGAAAUGAUUCUAGAAGUUAGACUCCUGUGGCCGACUACCACGUAUUUUGCCGUGCUUCAUGCAGCCGCGUGUGUGUUCGAGAACAUUGGGAAACAUCCUGUGAGCGCUGUACUGUAUUUUGUAAUAAAAUAUUUUGAAGAUUC